UAUGAAUCCAAAGGAAGGAUUAUCAGUAUCAUUAUAGAAAUUCCAUCGCAAAAGUGCCCAGUCUACUUCCGAUGAUUCCUAAAUGGCCCUUCCUGAAUUAAAAGGUAGGAGUCUUAAAAGUGCUACGCCUAAGCUUCAUAAUAAUAAACCUUUGCAGACUCCUUUAAGAUACUACAUAAACGAAAGUAUGUAAUAAAGAGUAAGAAUUAUACAAUUAUUAGAAAAGAAGUGAAAAUCAUUCAGACUAUACAUAUAUUGAAACUUAUUUGGAAGCAUUGUAACGAUAUGCUUAAGAAGAGAAAAAGAAAAAACAAAUUCAAACCUUAUAAAUAAAUAGUUUUCCAAUAUUACCUGGUUAAGUCAUGAGGGAUAGAAUAAAAAAAUAUGCAGAAAUUUAGUAAAGAGAAGUAACAAGUAUCAAAUGAUCUAAUAUAAGAGUAUUUUGUAAGAAAAGAAUAACAACAAAAAAAACCAGUUUCUACAGCUUUGAGUAUAAUGAGUCAAAAGAGCAUAGUUAGUUAAGGAAGUAAAUCAGAUGUCCUGUCGAUUUCAAUACCAAUCAGUUCUAAAAUAAAACACAAGGUUAGUUCUAAAAAAUGGGCAAUUUUCAAAAGAAAUAAAGGGGAAACAGUAUUUAAAAAGAUAUACGCAUAUUAAGAUCAAUAAAAAAGUGAGGUGGCAUCAAUUACAAAAGUGAUGACUUGCUACACAACAUUAAAAUUUUUAGAAGAAAAACGAAUUGAUAUGGAAUCUAUAAGAAUAAAGAUUCCUGGGCAUGCUGAAUGCAUAGAUGGUACAAGUGCCUUCUUGAAUGCAGGAGGUAUUAUGAAUGUAAGGUAGUUAUUAUUUGCAAUGAUGUUACCCUCUGGAAAUGAUGCAGCUUUGGUAUUAAGUUAUGCAAUUGCAUUCUUAAAAACUUGUGAUAACAUUCAAAGAUAUUGUAAUGGACAUUACAUUGAUUGUGAACUAGAGAUAGAAAAAAAUAAAUUUUAAUUAAGAACUUAAUUCUUAUAGAUGAUGAAUAAUCAUGCUGAAAAUUUAAAAAUGGAUAAAACUAAUUAUAAUUCAGUUCAUGGAUUAAAUGACACAUUAAAUGUCUCAUGUCCGUUGGACAUCUUUAAAUUAGUUGAGGAAUGCAUCAAAAUUAAAGAAUUCAUGGAAAUUGUAAAUACAAGAUGUUUUAAGACUUAUGCAAUAACUGAAUAAGGAAGCUAGGGAACUUAUUAUAAAUGGAAAAACACAAAUAAGUUAUUGAAAAAAGAGGGGUGGGAAGGAAUCAAAACUGGAAUCACUUCAAAUGCUGGUCCAUGUUUCAGUGGUUAUUAUAAAACUGAUGAUUUUGAUGCGAUUGUGAUAGUCUUACAAAGUUCGAAUAUGCUUUAAAGAUUUAAAGAUGCUGAAAUUCUGAUAAAAUUAUUGUGA